AUGACAGAAAUCAAAAGCACGGCGCAAAUCAAGAUCGACGGCGAGCUACACGAUGGCCGCACAGAGGGCCUGUUUCCAGCUGGUGCAGACCUGCGCGAUGCACUGCGACAUGUACGCCUCCUUGACCUCCAGGAUCUCGGCGGCCUCGGCCUGGUUGACGCUAUUGGCGUCAAUGCGUCCACCGUGCGCAUGUCGCUAAUGCCCACCUACCCCACACCCGCAGCAGAGCUGGAGCCCGUCGCGUGGCCGGCGCACCUGACUCCAUCCACAGUCUGGGUUACCGUGCUUCCCAACAACCCAGCUCCCGUAAUCUCGAUCCAACCAGAGGAGCUCGACGACAGUAGCGAGUCGCCCACCCCAGCUGAAGCGAGUCCCAAGAGCAAACCCGCCCACCAGACCAGCAAGACCACCCAACCAAACCAAACCAUUCAGACCCCGCCGCCCCGAGUCGCCCCGCCCCGACCGUGGGACCAGGCAGAGUACACCCAGCUCCGCGAGUACGUGACCCUUCACGGGUCCAACAUGGAGAGUCUCCGGAAGGCUGUUCCGGGGCGCGACGCGAACGAUGCGUAUCUCGCGUGGAUCAACGUCGUCCAACCAGCGUGCAGCGAGGGCACCGUUGGUAAGAUGGCGACGUAG